CUCCGCGCCGCAGCCGGGGAGGAGGAGCCGCUUUAUCGGGAGCCCAAGUGGAAAUUUCCCCGUCAGUUGCCGGCUCCACCGCGGAGGGAGCACCAGGGAGGGCCGCCUACUCUCGUGUCCCCGUGUCGCGCCGUGUCCUGCCCGCUGUCAUGUCCAACUACAUCCACGUCCCGCCCGGCUCGCCGGAGGUGCCCAAGCUGGACAUCACGGUCAGCGAGCGGGACGGGCCCGGCUACCGCCAGGGCGCCCUGCAGCUGCUGCGCCGGCUGCGCCCGCACUGGAGACCCGAGGAGGUGACGCUGCAGCUGUUCACCGAUGGCAUCACCAACAAGCUGAUCGGCUGCUACGUGGGGGACACGCGGGACGAUGUGGUGCUGGUGCGCAUCUACGGGAACAAGACGGAGCUGCUGGUGGACAGGGACGAGGAGGUGAAGAGCUUCCGAGUGCUGCAGGCCCACGGCUGUGCCCCACAGCUCUACUGCACCUUCAACAACGGCCUGUGCUACGAGUUCAUGCAGGGAGAGGCCCUGGAUCCCGAGCACGUCUGCAACCCUGACAUCUUCAGACUCAUUGCUAGACAGCUUGCUAAAAUCCAUACUAUUCAUGCACACAAUGGAUGGAUCCCUAAAUCCAAUUUGUGGCUGAAAAUGGGGAAAUACUUCUCUCUCAUACCCACAGAAUUUGCAGAUGAGGAAGUAAAUAAAAGGUUCUUAAGGGACAUUCCGAGUCCUCAAGUUCUUCAGGAGGAGAUGGCCUGGAUGAAGGAGAGACUGUCAAAUUUAGGAUCACCAGUGGUGCUCUGCCACAACGACCUGUUGUGUAAGAAUAUUAUUUACAACAAGAAGAGAGGUGAUGUGCAGUUCAUAGACUAUGAGUACUCUGGCUACAACUACCUGGCUUAUGACAUUGGAAAUCACUUCAAUGAGUUUGCAGGAGUAAAUGAGGUAGACUACAGCCUUUAUCCCAACAGAAAAUUACAGGAGCAGUGGCUGAGAUCUUACCUGGAGGCCUACAAAGAAUACAAAGGAUUUGGCACGGAAGUCAGUGAAAAAGAAGUUGAAGUUCUGUAUGUCCAAGUCAAUCAGUUUGCACUGGCUUCACACUUCUUUUGGGGACUGUGGGCUCUAAUUCAAGCCAAAUAUUCCACCAUUGAUUUUGAUUUUCUAGGGGAGAAAAACUCACGUCAAGACUUGCAGAACCUGAAUUAGCUGAAGGAAAGCUGCAGCAGACAAGCCCAGUUGUGCUCUCUCACCCAUCACUGCAGCAGCACAAAGAGCAGGGGGCUCUGAAAAAGCACAAUUUUGUUCAGAUCCCAGCUGUUCUUUUUACAAACCUGACAAGCUCUGAAGGCUGGAAAACUGCUGGAAGGAGCAAAAAAACCCACCAAAAAUCCAGCUCUACCUCCUCCCCCCAAAAAAGGCAGCCCUAAAAACGACAUGGGAAGAGGGAACUACAUGGUCCUUGUGCCUGCUUUUGUACACCCAGCUCUGCUGCUGAUAUUAAAAGCUGCUCUUCUUCAUUUGUGCAUGGGGACAAGCUCUUUCUUCACAACCAGCUGCCUCUGCUCUCUGCUGUCCAAACCAGACUGAGUGCAGUGCACGUUAAACAUUGCACGCGAUGCUCUGGCUGGUAGCAGGGGAGAGAACUGGGAGCCUCCCUGCAUACCCCAUAAAUAUUUCUCCAUUUCAGGUUAAUACACUGUGAGUCUGAG